AAAGUUACUUUAGUAUUCUUUAUGCUGUGGUUUAUUUCUUAUGGCCAUUCUCUGCAAGGAUCAAGAUUACAGAAAGGCAUCAGUGAAGAACAAAGCUUCAAAUAUUAUAUCCAUAUUUGAUAUUCCAAAGACUACUACAGUGGAUCAGAUUCUCAGUUCCUUUGCAGUCCGUGAUGGUGUACCAAUGCAGGGGAUUAAAAUCCGGGAUGUCGUUCCAGGUUACAGCUACGAUAUGGCCUAUGUGGAGUUUUUAAACCUCAAGGAUGCAGUCUACUUCAUGGAGUCCAACAAGGGUUCCCUAAAGCUUGGCACUAGAGAAGCGUCCAUGAAGUAUGUCCAGCCGAAUGCGUAUCAAUUAGAUGUUUUUGAAUCAGAUCCCAAAGUACCUCAAAUUCAGGACCCUCACUUGCACAGAUCAGAUGGACCUUCAGGAGUGAUGCAUGUAUCAAACCAAAAUCAUCCUUUGGAGCAGCUGUCUCAUGGCCCUUGGCAGCAUAGCUCUAAUCUGACUCCAGAGACUUGGCAGCAGAAGGGAGACCAACAGCUCCAAAAAGAGGAAGAAACGGAGAAACAGGGAGACUCUACAGAGAUCAAAACCAUGGUAUUAUUGAAUUUGAGCCCCACUGUCACCGUGGAGGAUAUUCUGAAAGGUUUGGAUCCAUUUGCCUAUCUAGAUGAAAGAAAUCUUCGACUUGUGAAGGCAAAACCACCUGGAAAAAAUAACUUCUGCUUUGUUGACAUGGACUCCUACGAGCAAGUGACACGUUUAGUUGAAAUUCUCAAAAUCUACCCCCUAUAUAUUGAUGGAGUCAAAGUUCGUGCUGAAAUUGAACGACGACCACUCAUGAACCCCAAGGUGAAAAGGGAUUAUGAAAAAUCACAUGCUUUAAUUCCUGGGCAUACAUCUGAGGCAGACAUAGUACUGCCACAACCUCCACAGCACUUUCCACAUCUGGUGCCACCUGCUGUUGCCCCUCCUGCAAUGCCAGGUGAUUUAAUGACCAUGCAACCUGCUAUGCCAUCCGACCCCGCCCUGAGCGAGGGCGCUAACUAUAAAGAAGUUCCUGCUGCAGCUCCUCCCGCAGCUCAUGCUGCAGGUCAGGAACACCAGCCUGAUGUUCAUGUGCCCACAGACUCAUCAGAGGUAGCAGCCACCACCGAUGUAUCACAGACUUAUGUUUAUGGUUCUGAGAUUCCUGACACGUCCAAAUACAUGUAUGACUCAACGUCUGGUUUCUUCUACGAUCCAGAGACAACACUGUACUUCGAUCCAAACUCAAGGUAUUUUUACAACUCGCAAACCCAGGAGUACUUGUACUGGGAUGCAACGUUGAAAACCUACAUUCCAGUUCCAGAAGGGAACUCUGCAGAAAACCAACAGCCGGUGAUGACUCCAAAAGACCAGGCCAUUCUUUCCAAUCCAGCAGCAGAUGCUCCUCUAGAAUUGAAGAAGCCACCCCAGUCAUCAGCAGCUGCAGCUCCGGCUCCGGCAGCUGUUUCAUCCGACAGCUCUGCAGAAUCCAUCCCAGCUCCCACAGCGGCUUCUGACAACAAGGAAGAGGACGAGCUUCCUAAAAGAGACAAAGAGAAGGAUGGCAAAGAGGACAAGGCAAAAAGUCCAGCUGCUGUCAAGAUAAUGAAAGAUAUGGAGCGCUGGGCAAAGAUACAGAAUCGUCAGAAGGACUGUGUGCGUGCAUCUUCUCCGGUCCUGAAGCCUGAAACAGAGGCUGAAAAAAGACAAAAGUCGAAGUCGGCCGAUGCUGCUUUUGCUAUAUUUGAGCGGAAGGCCUCAGGUGGUGAUGGGCUUUUUAAGAAACCCCUCAGUCUUUCCAAGAAAGAAGAUAAAUCAAAACAAUCCAUGGGCUCUUUGGGUCUGCUGGCGUCAGACUAUGGAGCUGGGAGCGAUGAAGAGGUGGAAGAAGAAAAGGAGGAGGCAGCUAAAAACAGUCCGAAGAGCCAGCCCAAGGAGAAGGAGGACAAACUGACAGACUGGAAGAAAAUGGCCUGCUUGUUGUGCAGGAGACAGUUCCCUAACAAAGAUGCUCUGAUCCGCCACCAGCAGCUCUCGGAUCUACAUAAACAAAAUAUGGAGAUCCACCUCAAGAUCAAGAGGUCAAAAAAGGAGCUAGAAGCACUUGAGAACCAGGAAAAAGAA